AUGCAUGAUAUCUUAAUAUCUGCAAGACAUGUUUUGGCUAUGAAUGCCUUUGUGAAUAAGUCAACAUUAGCAUUUCUUAAAGUAUAUUAUAUUGAAGACAUUCAUAUAAUUGAUAAUAGAUAUCAGUCUCGUGUAGAUGAGAUGGUUGAAAUUCUUUAUGAUCCGAAUAGUGAAACCAAAGUUAUAAGAAUAGGAUAUGACCUUUUGAGACAAGGAAAACGAUUGGAAUUUGUAUUUACUAGAGCAGUGAUAGCUAGAGCAUUAAUAGAAAAAGCAUCUAAGUUAUCUAAACCUGAUAAUCACCUCAAACUCGAUUGCAUGACUUAUACAAAUACAGUGGAAGCAGUUGAUUCAUCUCCAGCUGUAAUAACUUUUAUUGAAAUUGAGCAUCAGAAACAUCUUUCUGCAAGAUAUUUUAUUGAAAAGCUUUGUAGUCUCAUAGCCAAUACAGAUGCUUUCCUUCAAUUUAUAAAAAUGGAUGAGAGUCAAGGAAUUAUAGGAAAUCGCAAAAGGGUUCGCAAUGAGGUUAUGGUUGAAGUAUUAGUUAUCAAGAAUACAGAUUUUAACAAUAUUGCUACUUCCCAAAAUCUUAGUUCUGAAGAAGCUGAAGUCCUUAAAUUCGACCAAGAGUAUUCUAUCACAAAUACUAUAGCACUUAAACAUUUUUAUAUGCAGAAUCUUUAUUGUAAAGGCAUGAGUAUCAAGGAUUGGAAUAAUAUUUGCAAUAGAAAAUUUAUUGAAAUUUUUAGUUCACCUGAAACUUAG